AAAAAAACAACGAUAAUUUGCUAGAAAAAAGCAUAGGCCAAAAUAAAGCAUAAAAACAAAACAAAGAACCUAAAAUAAGUAUUACUCUACUCAACUUAUCGCAAAACAAACUGUUUGAAAAUAAAAAAAAAUAUAAUAAAAGCAAUUUUCAAUACCUGAAUACAUAUAGAUCAAGCAUAGUAACUCUCAUGCAUUUUAAGGAAGAAAAUCGUGAAUCAAAUUGGAACUAAGUAAAUAAAAAAUUUUGGAAAAAAGUGCUUAGCAUCCAGAGAAAUAUUAAAUAACGUAAUAUUAAAAACCAAAAUAGAGCAAACUUCAUUUAAAAAAAGUAAAGCAAUAAAGGCAAGCUAUAAACUCUGCACCGCUGCUUAAUUUCAAUCCACAAGUAAAAAUAAUCAAACCAGCUGCGAAAACGGCGCCACGGUUUUUUUCAGCUCAACUUGAGUAGUUGUUGCUAUGAUUGCCACCAAUAAAACUUAUUUAAAAACUGAAAUAAAAACUGUUUAAAAUUCUUGAAUUAAUCUAAUGGAUUUGCGCCUGUGACAAGAUUGUGACAACUACAAAAAGGAGUUUUUGAAAAACAUGUUCACCGUUUGAAAGGAAAAAAGGAGAGCGAUUUUUUUACACAAAUCGAGGAAUAUACAAGUAACUCUCGUCGCUGCUCCGCAGUAACGGAACGAAAUACACACAUAUUUAGUGAAAACACAAGAACAAGUCUUGUAAGCUGAGUGAAAGGAUCUGCCACAUCCAACUGUGUCCGACCAAUUCGCGCAGUGGCUAAUCGUCGGUUUUGCUAGCUAGCACAGACUGGCAAAAUUACUUUGACAUUUCUCAACAUACAUAUUUAUACUCGUAAACGUUGGUGGGUUGUGAGCAAAUCACAGCCAAUCCAAAACAAGAAAUUUCCAAAUGAAGAUGGCAUCCCAAAGAUUUUGUCUACGAUGGAAUAACCAUCAAAGCAAUUUACUAUCUGUAUUCGACCAGCUUCUGCACGCUGAAACGUUUACGGAUGUCACGCUGGCCGUGGAUGGGCAAUAUUUGAAAGCACACAAGAUGGUUCUCUCCGCCUGCAGUCCCUAUUUCAAUGCGCUCUUUGUUAAUCAUCCUGAGAAGCAUCCCAUUGUCAUUUUGAAGGAUGUCCCAUAUUCUGAUAUGAAAUCUCUUCUUGAUUUUAUGUAUCGCGGCGAAGUUUCUGUCGAUCAGGAACGUCUUACCGCCUUCUUGCGCGUUGCGGAAUCAUUACGCAUCAAAGGUUUAACCGAAGUGAAUGAUGAUAAACCAUCGCCUGUCGCACCGACGCCACCACCACCACAGCUCCAACGUAUCCAACCAUACUUGGUGCAACAACAGCAGCAGCAACAUCAACGCAGCAAAUCACAAAAUAGCCUAUUGGCUGGCUCAAGCGCUGGUGCUGGUGGUUUAGCUAGUGCCGCUGCUUUGGCCGGCGGCCAACAUGCACAACAACAAUCGCUUUUGAGCUCAGCGCUCGCCUCAAUGCCGAAACGAAAACGUGGCAGGCCACGAAAAUUGUCGGGCAGCUCGAAUGGCACCGGCAAUGAUUAUGAUGAAUUCGAACGUGAAGGCAUGAUGAAUGACUCCGAAAUGGGCGAUUGCAAAAUGGGGGACUCGUAUAGUGGCAAUGAUGAUGGUUCGGAUGAUAAUCAACGCGAUGGUGGCGAUAUGCGCGAUCCGAGUGAGAGCCGAGAUUCUGCUUCCCACAGCAAGAAAUUCAAAUCAAAAGACAAUAAAUCCAAGCAAAAUGACAAUGACAACAGCACAUCGGUGCAAUUGAUAAAUACAUCUCCAGAAUUAUCACAAAGACUAUUCGGCUUAAUUAAACCCGCGGCCACCGUCCAACCACAGCAACAGUCACAAAAUGACCCACAAUCAGGACCCACACAAACAUCACUCCUUCAAUUCAAUGAGCAACAGGAUGUCACUGCACAUCUACCCACCGCCUUAGGCCUAAAAGUGCGCAGUUCACUGCAAUUAACUGCUCAACCGCAGCAGCAGCAGCAGCAGCAACAGCAACAACAGCAGAACAUCACCAAAAACACCAAUUCACUGUUAAAACAACAGUUACGCGCCGGACUGAAAGAAAUACCGAAUAAUAACACAACGACAAUUGAACCAAUGCCCAGCAGUAAUACUGAUUUCAGCUGCUCAGCGCUACAAUCCCUCGCCAGUGUCGCUGAGCGUCAGACGCCCAACGCAAUACAGCCACCAUCGGCUAAUAAUUUGCACCACCAGUUCUUAUUGCACAUGGCGGCGAAUCCCAUGUUAAAACCCAGUGCCGAUUUCUUCCGACAACAGCAGCAUCAGGCACAACAACAACAACAACCACAGGAGCAAUUAUCUGCACAAGAGCAGCAACAGUCACAAACUAAGAAGGCGCAAUCGCAACAGCAACAGAAAGUGCCGUCCCAGCAAACGCAAUUGCUCGAACAGGAGUUGCAGCGCGAGGAUAGCAUGUCGCCCACAAAUAUGGAUCUCAUACUCGAUCAGACUGACAAGUCAGAGCCAGAAUUGACGCUAGCCGAUGAGACAGCCGGGUUGGAUUACAAAAACGCCGACACAUCACUGGGUAACAUUGAUGACUCUGUCGCUAUUACAACAAUAACAAUAAGUGAUGUGCCGGGCAAUGAGAACUCGAAUGCAAACGCUACGAUUGGAACGAUAACACCGAAUGCACGCUCAAGUGGCACAAGCCGCCGCCCAGUACAACGACGACGGAUACGCCGCAAAGCGCAAUCCACAAUCGAUGACCAAGCCGAGCACUUGACCGAGAUGUCAGUGCGUGGGCUCGAUCUCUUCCGAUAUGCGCGCAUCAACGAAGGCGUCUAUCAGUGCACCGAGUGCGCCAAAGAGGACUUGCAAAAGACUUUCAAAAACAAAUACAGUUUCCAGCGACAUGCCUUCCUCUAUCACGAGGGUAAGGUGCGCAAAGUGUUUCCAUGCACAUUGUGCGGCAAAGAGUUCUCACGACCGGAUAAAAUGAAGAAUCAUCUAAAGAUGGCGCAUGAGAAUUUCGUAGCGCGCGACACCAACAGCUUUAAUCCGCUAAACUAUUUGAUUACGGCGGCAACGGCCGAAGAGAUGCAAACUGCAAUAUUCACCGCAAGCGCUGCGGUACAACAACAACAACAGCAGCAGCAACAGCAACUUGCACAUCAACAGCAGCAGCAACAAAAGCAACAACAGCACCAACAAAGAUCAAUCAUACAGGACGAUUACAUGGAUAAUGGCGUCAGUAUUUUGAAUACAACACCGCAGGAGAGGGACAUUUCGAGGCCAACAUCGCCCACAUCAGCGGCGGCGUUACUGAAAUUGCAGAGUGACUUAACCAUUAAAAAUGAGAUCGUAAUCUCACCGUCGCCCUCACCCGAACCGAUAGUGACUAUACCAGCGAAUGCCACAGCGACGCCGGCAAGUGCAGCCGUAACGAAGUCAACAAAUAUGGCGAUGUUGCAGGCAAAACGUAUAACACAAAGACUGGAAGAGGUUAAGUAGAGUGGCAGUUGUCAAAAAACCUACUAAAGUAAGUUAAUAGAAAGAAAUGCUAGACUAAAUGAAGAAAUUUGCUAAGUACAGAGUGUUUAAGAGGAAUAAUUAUUAGUUAGGCUUUAAAUUUUAAUUUUUUUUUGCUAGGCCGCAAAGUGCAAGAAAUACUACUAGUUUACAAUAUAAGAAUAACUUUUGAUGUUGUGUCAACGCAAGCGCAUAACUAAAAGGUCUGAUUUACAUACAUACUCGUAUAUAGAAAAUAAUGCACAAAAAGCAACUCAUUUACUUAAAUAAAUAAAAUAAUUUAGAAAUCUAUUAAUGAUAAUGGAGGUAGUGCUAGGCUAGUGGCAUCGAGUGCAACGCACAAAGCAAAGAAAACAAUAAAAAAGCAAUUAACUUGGCACAAAAAUGAGAUUAAAAGUUUUACAUAUAACAUAAAUUUAUUAUUUGUGGUAUUUUGCUUAACGGAGACAAGUAACAGCACAAAAAGUCUUAAAAAAAUUUAGUAGUAUGCUGCAAUCUACUUAAAGAUUUUGAAAAAUAUGCUAUAUACAUACAUAUGUACAUAUGCGUAUUUGAAAUCAAUGAUAAUUUUAAGCCUCUAAUAGCUUAAA